CAAUCAGCACCAAGAUAAUGUGAAAUUCACCGCAUCCCAUCCGCCCAUCCCCUCCUGCCAGCUGCCACUUGCAGUAGUGGUGAUGCUGCUCCCUGGUGUGUAGAGGAGGAGAGAGAGCGUGUCCGCUGCCCAAUGACAGCGCAGGAUGCUGAGAGAGGCUGCUGGGGUGAAUGGAGGCGACAAGAUGCCGUCUGGAGCGGCGAAGGAGAGGAAUUAACAUCGAAGAAGAUCUGACUUUGAUGUGCUUCACCUACUAAGGCACGAAAUAAGUCACCCAUGUGCUGUUCAGAGAGUCAGAGUAGCCUCAUUUCCGUGUGCUCCUGUUAAGGACCCUCUGGUGGCUACACCGCCGAUUCACAGGACAUGUACGGCAGUGCCAGAGCUGUAGGCCACAUAGAGAGCAGCCCCGCACGGUCCCCGCGCCUGCCAAGGUCCCCCAGACUGGGCCAUCGGAGGGCCAACAGCGGGGGCGGGGGUGGUGCGGGGGGCAAGACGCUCUCCAUGGAGAACAUCCAGUCCCUCAACGCUGCCUAUGCUACUUCGGGGCCCAUGUACCUGAGCGACCACGAGGGCGUGGGCUCCACUGCUACCUACCCAAAAGGCACUAUGACUCUGGGUCGCGCCACCAGUCGGGCCAUGUACGGGGGCCGCGUCACAGCCAUGGGGAGCAGUCCCAAUAUCGCUUCAGUGGGACUGCCUCAUCACGCUGACCUUCUGUCUUACAGUGACCUGGGUUCCCUCUCCAUGCUGCACCACCACCACCACCAGGGGGUGCCCUCUGCCCUGCUGAGGCAGGCAGUGCGGGGCAGUGGGGGGGAGCUGCUGGAGAUGCAGGCCCAGCUCAGGGAUAUGCAGAGGGAGAAUGAGCUGCUGCGCAGAGAGCUUGACCUGAAGGACAGUAAGUUGGGAUCUUCCACCAACAGCAUCAAGAGCUUCUGGAGUCCUGAGCUGAAGAAGGAGAGGAUAAUGAGGAAAGAGGAGGCGGCUCGCACAUCAAUUCUGAAAGAGCAGAUGAGAGUCACUCAUGAGGAGAACCAGCAUCUGCAGAUGACCAUCCAGGCUCUGCAGGAUGAGCUGCGCACACAACGAGACCUGAACCACCUGCUGCAGCAAGAGAGCGGUAACCGCUCCGCCUCUGAGCACUUCACCACCAUCGAGCUGACGGAGGAGAACUUCCGUCGGCUGCAGGCUGAACAUGACAGGCAGGCCAAGGAGCUCUUCUUGCUGCGGAAGACCCUGGAAGAGAUGGAGCUGAGAAUCGAGACACAGAAACAGACACUGGGUGCCAGAGACGAGUCCAUUAAGAAGCUGCUGGAGAUGCUGCAGAGUAAAGGGCUGCCCCCGGGCCCAGGCAGGGCAUCUGAGGAGGAGGAGCAGGAGAGAGCCAGGCGCAUUGCUGAGGCAGAGGCCCAGCUUGGACACCUGGAGGUCAUUCUGGAUCAAAAGGAGAAGGAAAACAUUCAUCUGCGAGAGGAACUUCACAGAAGAAAUCAGCUACAUCAGGAUCCAAGCAAAACCAAGGCCCUGCAGACCAUCAUAGAGAUGAAAGACACCAAAAUUGCCUCUCUGGAGCGCAACAUUCGAGAUCUGGAGGAUGAGAUCCAAAUGCUGAAGGCGAACGGCUUACUGAACACAGAGGACAGAGAGGAGGAGAUCAAACAGAUGGAGGUCUACAAGAACCACUCUAAGUUUAUGAAGACUAAGAUUGACCAGCUGAAGCAGGAGUUGUCAAAGAAGGAGUCUGAGCUGCUGGCUCUGCAGACAAAACUAGAGACCCUCAACAACCAGAACUCAGACUGCAAACAGCAUAUCGAGGUGCUCAAAGAGUCGCUCACUGCCAAGGAGCAACGUGCUGCCAUUCUGCAAACAGAGGUGGAUGCUCUGCGUCUGCGUCUGGAGGAGAAAGAGUCCUUCCUCAACAAGAAAACCAAGCAGCUGCAGGACCUGACGGAGGAGAAGGGAACUCUUGCUGGAGAAAUCAGGGACAUGAAGGACAUGCUGGAGGUCAAGGAGAGGAAGAUCAAUGUCCUGCAGAAGAAGAUCGAGAACCUGCAGGAGCAGCUGCGGGACAAAGACAAGCAGCUCGGGAACCUGAAGGACAGGGUCAAGUCUCUGCAGACUGACUCCAGUAACACAGACACUGCCCUGGCCACCCUGGAGGAGGCGCUGUCGGAGAAGGAGAGGAUUAUAGAGCGUUUGAAGGACCAAAGGGAGAGGGAAGACAGAGAACGUCUGGAAGAAGUGGACUCUUAUAAGAAGGAGAACAAGGAACUGAAGGAGAAAGUCAACAGCCUCCAGAUAGAAUUAACAGAGAAGGAGUCCAGUCUCAUCGAUCUGAAGGAACAUGCUUCAUCCCUGGCAUCUUCUGGCCUCAAGAAGGAUUCAAAGCUCAAGUCACUGGAGAUUGCCAUUGAGCAGAAAAAAGAGGAGUGUAGUAAGUUGGAGACGCAGUUGCAGAAGCAAGCUGAGCAGCUAUUCAGUCACAUGAACAAUCCUAAAGCCCAUGAGGUGGAGCAGCAGUCCGGCUCCAGAGGGAACCCAGAGUACGUGGACCGAGUGAAGCUGCUGGAGAAGGAGGUGAGCUACUACAAGGACGAGGCCAACAAGGCUCAGGCGGAGGUGGAGAGACUCCUGGACAUCCUGCGAGAGGUGGAGACCGAAAAGAACGAUAAGGACAAGAAGAUCGCUGAGUUGGAAAGUCUAGCUCCCAGACAAGGAGGCAAAGACCAGAUUAAGAAGGGUCCAAACAUCAAACUAGGAGCUCAAGGGGACAAGAAAAUUUUAGGACAAGACUCUCGUAAGGACAGCUCCAUGGACAGCAGCCACCACUUAAAGCUGGAGGAGCUGAUGAACACACUGGAAAGGACGAGGCAGGAGCUGGAUUCCACCAAGCAGCGUCUCUCCUCCACCCAGCAGUCACUGCAGGAGAGGGACACCCACCUCACCAACAUGAGACAAGAGCGCAGGAAGCAGCUGGAGGAGAUCCUGGAGAUGAAGCAACAAGCUUUGCUGGCAGCCAUCAGUGAGAAGGAUGCUAAUAUUGCACUGCUGGAACUGUCUGCCUCCAAUAAAAAGAAGACCCAGGAGGAAGUGCUGGCCCUCAAGAGGGAGCGGGACAAACUGAUGCACCAGCUCAAACAACACACACAAAGCAGAAUGAAGCUGAUAGCCGACAACUAUGAAGAUGAGCAAUAUCAUCCACACGGUCCUCACCACCCUCAGCCUCAGCCCCCACAUGCUCAGCCUCAGUCCCAGCCUCAGUACCCUCACGCUCCCCAUGCCCAGCAGACUCCAUAUCCACACGCUCUGCAUCCGCAGCACCCGCAGCACCCACAGCACCCACAGCACCCGCAGGCCCCCCCACAGCACCCACACCCCCAGCAGCCACAGCCCCAAUAUUCCCACCCUCCUCACCCACAGCACCCCCAGCAGCACUCUCAGCACCCCCAGCCACCUCCCCAGCACCAACAGCACCCACGCCCCCCGCAGCCUCAGCACCCUCACCAACAGCACCCUCAGCAUCCUCCACAGCACCCACAUGGACAUCCCCCUCCGCAGCACCCUCACCCUCAGCACCCACAUGGUCCCCCUCAACAAGGACCCCACCCGCAACAUCCACAUCCCCAGCACCCUCAGCACCCUCAGCACCCUCAGCACCCUCAGCACCCACAGCACCCACAGCACCCACACCACGCCCAACAUCCACGUCACCCGUCACCCCAUCAUCGCGGAGGACCGGCCAGAGGACCCCCACAUGCUGGUCACCGACCCGCCCCAGACCAGGAUGACGACGAGGGAAUUUGGGCGUAAUCUUUGCUGUGACAACCAAAGCUCUAAUGUUGUUUUGAGGGAUGAUUCAGUCACUACUGGAGGAGCACAGCCAUGCCAUGAUGUUGAAACACAACCCGACCAAACAUUUAUUACCUCCACUCGGUCAACACUCAGCAAUGGGACCUUUGUUUCUUUUCCGGGGAAGAAGAGGGGGCAGUCA